CUCACGUAAAAUAAUUAUUUUUCACUAGUGCCCUCAAUUUCUCCUAUAAAGAUAACCAAAAAUCACUCACUUCACAUGCUUUAAGUUUCAGCAAAUCUCCUCGCUUACCUUCAAUCAACACCAUGAAAGCUUCAACAAAAGUUGCCCCAUUGAUUUCAAUCAUGAUUGGGUCAAUCUUUCUGCUAUUCAUAUCUUCCUCCGAUGCUGUGAUUACUUGCAGCACAGUCAUCCAGGAUCUAGCACCUUGUGUGAGUUACCUCAGGAGUGGGAGUGGGAUGCCUCCACCUGCUUGUUGCUCGGGUGCUAAGGCUCUUGCGACAACUGCAAGCACUACUGCUGACAGACAAGCGGCUUGUAAAUGCCUCAAGUCGGCUUCCCAAAGCCUAAACCCAAAUCCAGGGCUAGCUAAAUCUCUUCCGGGAAACUGCGGCAUUAGUUUGGGAUUCACUAUAUCAUCAAGCGUUGACUGCACAAAAAUCAAUUAAAUUGUUGAAGCUACUCAGGCAGAGAUCGAUGGUUCUGGUUAUACAUAGAGCAAGAGUUGGUCGAGUCUUUCGUUAGAACUCGUAAUGCAUCUAGAUUCUAGAGUUUACGAAAGUUUAAUUUAUGAUUUUAAGUAUGUAUAAUAAAUGUUGUUUGCCCAACUUAUUUGGAGUUAACAUGGAAUGAGUCUACACCAUGAUAUUUUAUAUUAUAAUAAUGUUUUGUUUGAUGUUUUGUGAUACCUUAAUGAUAUCUCUAAUCCAGUUCAAAUGAAAUUCUUUUUGUGAUCUUAGCUGAAAAUUAAUCUUUAUUUUAAAGUCCAAAUUUGAGCUUAAAUAUUUUAUGAUGUCUACGAAUGUUUUAAUUUAAUUUCCAAAUACAGUGAUUUUCUUG